AUGAGUGGACCUUCGAGGUCUUCAAAGGCGACCAUUGCAGAGGGGAGACCGCAUGGCUCCGACGAUCACGAAGAAACCCCAGGACCAGACUCACCUCCCUCACUGGUUUCAGAUCACGGGAGUGACGCAGGCUCCGGCAGCGACGCGGGCGAUGAGAAAUGGCCUAAAAAUGUUUGGGCUCGUCUAGGCGGGGAGUGCGCCGUUCAUUUCUGGGAAGACGCCAAGGACGAUGGCCUCUGGGUCGACGAGGACGAGAAAUGCGAGGAUUGGGACCCCCAGUUCAACGAGUGGGAGGUGGAAUGUGGCGAUUUUGUCCCGGAGGAUUGA